AUGACCACCGGCACAAUCAGCUCCCUAACUGAGAUUUCGGGAGCAGAUUUCCGGCAGCGCCGCUGGGAGAGGAAAUGGAGCGAAUGCACCUAUAACCGAGGACCUUGUGUGCCUCUGGAGAAAUUUGUCUGCUUGGAUAUUGAAUCCGUUCGUAUCAAACUUUACUUCGCUUCGGAACACGGACUCCCUAAGCCGCGUCGUGACCCUCCUUUGAGACAUUCUAAUCGUACAAUCUGUGGUCCCACUUCGAAUCAUCAGGUCUCAUCCCCUACUCGUUCGGUUCCAAAUGGACCUCAAUAUGAUUCUUCCUUUCUCUCUCCUCCCCUUAACUCGUUUCGUGCACCGAGGAACGCUCGAAGUGCUCGACCAUCUGAGUCUCAAUCGUCUGCAGGAGAAGAGGACUCAUCCAAGGCUGAUAGCGACGAGAGCGUGCCUGAGGCAUCUGAGGACGAGCACGAGGACGACCCACAGUUCCAACGGCCCUCGUACACGAAGUCUUUCCAUCCGUUCACAUAUUCCCCUGCGCCAAGCAUAAUUCAAGCUCAUUCGCACUCACAAGGCGGGCUACGGAGACCAGCUCCGCCUCUGUUCCGUCCAAAGACUUUUUGGCGGCAUACUCGUCGCUCGGCAUUGACAGGGCCUUCUUAUUCUCCUUCAUCAUAUAUUGUUCGUCGAUCGACUUUCAUAGCAGCUGGACUUUCACUAGAUACUCCGCACGCCGAUUUGUCUGCUCUCGGCGUCGAGCUUCGAAUUGGAACAAUUAGUCUUGUUCCAAGUACCGCACUUCCGAUCUAG